CAUCAUCAUCAUCAACCGUGGCGCGGCGGCGUGAAGACCGGGACAGGCGGCGGUAUAGGGCGGGCAGGCGAUGCACAACUAAAGCCGGCGGCAUGGCUCCGUCGGCGGCGCCGUGCGACUACUACGAGCUGCUGGGCGUGAGCCGCAGCGCGGGUCCCGAGGACAUCCGCCAGGCCUACCGGCGCAGGGCGCUGCGCUGGCACCCCGACAAGAACCCCGGACGCAGCGAGGUGGCCGAGGGUCACUUCAAGCGCCUUCACGAAGCGUACACGGUGCUGAGCAGCGCGGUGGAUCGCGCGGCCUACGACCGCGCGCACCCGGCCAGGCAGCCAACCGUGCGCCAGAGGCUGGCGGAGCGCUUCAGGUCCAACGGCUCCAGGCACCUGUUCACCCUGUCGUUGCGACACGCCGAGGACGUGCUCCAGGACCUGCUCGACAAAAUCAGGAAACCACCGAGCGGUGGCGUGAGCGCGCCCCUGUCCAAGGAAAAUGCACCGGUGGGCGCAGCUUUGUCCGCUGUCCAAAUUCCUGUUGGACACGGAGGGGACCGCCAGGUGCAGGACAACAAACACGGCGGCAUCUUGUCUCGGAGCGAAGACGGAAAGACCCGACCGCGAUUCUCUGGAGUCAACGGUCAAAGAGUACGAGAGCAAGCAUCCUCGCCUCAAAACGCCAGGUCGCCCUCAUUGGACAGCGCCCUUCCGUGGGAGAGCUUCUCUUCAUCACUGGACAGCCAAGCUGGCUCCCGGAGGACUUUGCGGAGAUUCAGGAGCAUCGUCCCAGUCCACGUGGCCGGCCAUCACACUGAUUUGACCGCGUUCACACCCGGCACCACAUCGCGACCCAAGCCGCAGGCAACCCGUCAGCGUAGAGGCGCAACGGCACACUCUACCGCAGCAGCUGACCGAGGCCCGUCGUCCGCGCAGCCCAAGCUGUCGCGGAGCCAGCCGAGGCCGCGGCCCGAGAAGGAAGCGAAGCCGGCCGAUCGCCAAGCCGCGCGAGGCCGACGCCACGUGGCGCCGCCGAGCCGCGACCGCCGCCGGCAGAGGCCGCCGGCUGCCUCGGGCGGCGACCGCACGUCGUCCGCGCGGGAUGAGUGCGCAGGCGCGCCCAGCGCGUCCACGAGCUCCGCCUUCAUGGAGUCUGUGAAGACCGCAGUGGCGCGGACAGGCGUGGGCGUGGCCAGGCUGUGCCGGUUCCUGUGAGGCAUGCACCGCCCGCUUCAUCGCCGCCGUCUUCCAGCCACGUUUUCCAAAUCGAUAUACGUGGUCAUUGUAUUCGCUUUAAUAAAUUGCAUGUUCGCGAUUGUCUU